UUUGUGUACCUGGAUCUAAAAAUGUAAGAUGUUGCUAUAGGAUGGAUGCCUGCAAGAACAAAGUGAUCCCUUGACCUCUGCCAUGGAGUCACAUGUCAGUAUCAGUUCCCAGGGAUCAGCAAAGCCUCCCCACGUCAGUGGAGACAACACAUUGACACCACAAAUCCUGGGAUGUGACAUGGUGAAGAUAAGCCAUCUGUACCCACACGCAGUGAACGGAGCAGAGCAGACCUCCUUGUGGCUCCAGUGCAGAGGAAUAUAUUUAAAAUCAGAGCCAUUUACAAGGAAAACAAAAUUCAUGAAGAUCUAUGAUGCCCAGCAGCCUAUGUGAAACGGUAGGGGGAGGUUUAACAAGGCCCCCUGCCUAUCUCCAAAUCCCUGAAAUAUGCAGUAGAUGCACUUUUACCUCCCGUAACAUAAAGACUCCACCAGACAGUCUCUGUGACUCUCACAUCCUUCCGUGCAUGCGUCUCCCUCGCUCCCUUCUUCUCAUCCAGACGGCGAGAGGUGGAGGGAGGUCCACCCUAGUGCAAGGACCUGUCUUCUUUGCUGCUGGGACCAGCCCUACAGGAGCAGUGUGGACCCAGCCCUGGACGCUGACCCUGCCUUCAGAGUGGCCCGCUCUGUAUCUCAGCCCUGACUAUGAUGGACCUGAAAGUGGACGAGGAGGAGGUGGAGAAUGGCCAUCCAGUCAGUAUCCAGGCCUUUGCCAGUAGCUCCACUCUGCAUGGCCUGUCCCACAUCAUCUCCUAUGAGAGGUUCUCCUUCAAGCGCAUCCUCUGGACUCUCUGCUUCCUGGGCUCUGUGGCCCUGUUGGCCUAUGUCUGCACGGAGAGGAUCCAAUACUACUUCCUCUACCCUCAUGUCACCAAGCUGGAUGAAGUGGCCACAACCAGGUUGACCUUCCCUGCUGUCACUUUCUGCAACCUCAAUGAAUUCCGCUUCAGCCGUGUAACAAAGAAUGACCUGUACCAUGCUGGGGAGCUCCUCGCUCUGCUCAAUAACAGGUAUGAGAUCCCAGACACCCAGAUGGCCGAUGAGAAGCAGCUGGAGAUCCUACACGAUAAGGCCAACUUCCGAAACUUCAAGCCAAAGCCCUUCAACAUGCUGGAGUUUUAUGAUCGGGCUGGCCAUGAUAUCCGGGAGAUGCUGCUGUCCUGCUUCUUCCGUGGAAUGGAAUGCAACCCAGAGGACUUCAAAGUGGUCUUCACACGCUAUGGCAAGUGUUACACAUUCAACUCCGGACAGGAUGGGAAGCCCCGGCGCAUCACCAUGAAGGGUGGCACCGGCAAUGGCCUGGAGAUCAUGCUGGACAUUCAGCAAGACGAGUACCUGCCUGUCUGGGGGGAGACAGAUGAGACCUCGUUUGAAGCUGGGAUCAAAGUGCAGAUUCACAGCCAGGAUGAACCUCCCUUAAUUGACCAGCUGGGCUUUGGGGUGGCGCCUGGAUUCCAGACCUUUGUGUCCUGCCAGGAGCAGCGGCUGAUCUACCUUCCCCCGCCCUGGGGUAACUGCCAGUCCAUAACCAGAGAAUCUGAGUUCUACGACACCUACAGCAUCGCGGCCUGUCGCAUUGACUGUGAGACCCGCUACCUGGUGGAGAACUGCAACUGCCGCAUGGUGCACAUGCGAGGCGAUGCCCCCUAUUGCACCCCCGAGCAGUACAAGGAGUGCGCGGACCCGGCCUUAGAUUUCCUGCUAGAGAAGGACAACGAUUUCUGCGUCUGUGAGAUGCCCUGCAACGUCACCCGCUUUGGCAAGGAGCUGUCCAUGGUGAAAAUCCCCAGCAAGGCCUCAGCCAAGUACCUGGCCAAGAAAUACAACAAAUCGGAGCAGUACAUCGGGGAGAACUUUCUGGUGCUGGAUAUCUUCUUUGAAGCCCUGAACUAUGAGACAAUUGAGCAGAAGAAGGCCUACGAGGUGGCUGGCUUGCUGGGCGACAUUGGUGGGCAGAUGGGGCUGUUCAUUGGGGCCAGCAUCCUGACCGUGCUGGAGCUGUUCGAUUAUGCCUAUGAGGUCAUAAAGUACAAGCUUUGUCGCCGGGCCAAGUGCCAAAAGAAUCACAAAAGGAACAACACAGACAAGGGCGUCGCCCUGAGCAUGGACGAUGUGAAACGCCAUAAUCCCUGCGAGAGCCUAAGGGGCCACCCAGUCGGGAUGACGUAUGCAGCCAACAUCCUACCUCAUCACCCGGCCCGGGGCACGUUUGAGGACUUCACCUGCUAACUGACGUCCGGAUGUACAACGUACACUACCAAAGCCCUCCGGAGAGCGGCCCCUGUCCCUGGGGGGCAUCCAUGGAGGGGACACACCUAGGGGCCCUUGCUCCUCGCCACAGUGGGACAUUAACAAGAGUGAUGGCCUCAGGUUUAGGCCCAGGUGGCAGGCAGUUGGGUUGGUUUCUGACCCUGGAUACAGACUCAGCGCCAGCUGCUCCCCCACCCCCCCAUAGUUU